AUGGCGAUGUUACCCGAGCGUCCUAUUAUCACGAAUAAAGCACACAUAAAUACUGAUGUACUCGAUCUAUCGCUGAUUUCUGAGCCAAUAGGAUCACUUUUCGGUUCGUUGCCUACCAGUGCUGACUCCUAUACACGUUAUUUUCUAACUGAUGAACAAAUCGAAUUCUACAAGACGAACGGCUAUUUACCUCAAAUUCGUGUUCUCACUGAUGAACAAUGCGAUCGACUUCUUGAAGAAUACAAACGUUUUCUUUUUUGGAACGAGAAAGAUCUCUCACAGGCAAAUGCUCGAAAUGAUGCUGAUCGACUCGAUCUUCCUGGCCGGCAUCUCCUUCAUGAAUAUCAUUCGAAUCAAACCGAAGAUCCUGAGAACGUUCUCACGCAUAUGUUAGGUCACUGGAGAAUAACGCCGCUUUUCCAUGACUUGAUUUUCUUGCCGAACGUCACCGUACCGACGUCACAACUCCUUGCCGCUUAUCAUACGUCCGAACAAACGGUUGUUCCCGUUCGGUUUUGGCCCGAUCAAUUGUUUGCCAAGCCACCUUUUCACGGUGGUUCUGUGGCUUGGCAUCAAGAUUAUUCUUAUUGGACACGAACGGUACCGAUGCAACAUCUCACUGUGCACAUUGCUUUGGACGAUCAAACAGAAGAAAACGGCACGAUUCAGUUUGUGCCUGGUUCACAUCACUGGCAUCGUGAGCGUGACGGUCAAGAAGUUCCAUUACCAGUGACUGACUUUGAUUUCAAAGACAUGGACAGUAUCAAGAACAUAUUAACUGACGAGGAAAAACAACAAUUUAAACCAGUACCAGGUUUGUUGAAAAAAGGUCACGCCUCAUUUCAUCAUGCACUCAUGGUGCAUGGCUCCUAUGGCAAUCACACAGCAUCACCUCGACGUUCUGCUGUACUCAACUACUUUGUCGAAGGAACGCGAAGUAACACUGACAAGCCCCUACUACUCGGUGUUCCUGUCAUUCCACGUGGUCAACCAGUUCAAGGUCAUUUUUUUCCGAUUGUAUUCGAUCCGAAAUGGCUCUAA